AUGAUUCAGAAUGUGAAUUAAUAUGAUUUUGAAAUAUGUUAGAUUCAUAGAGAAAAAAUAGUUUACAUUGAUAAAGAAUAAUCAGAUUUAUCAAAAAGGGCCCUUUGCAAUUUAUGUGUUGCUGAAUAGGAGAAAAAUAGAAAUCUAAAAAUGAUAGAUAAUAUCAAAAGUUAACUAUAUAAUUUAAUAGAAUAAUUAACUUAGAAUAGAGAUACUAAAACAUAUUAAAAUAUUACUGUGUUGAAAGAUUUGCAUAAUUUUUUACAUUAACAAUAAGGGAAAUUUUGUCAUUAAAUAGAAAAAUGUUAAUAAAAUAUAAUUAAUUAAAUCAGUCUAUUAUAAGAGGCUAAUUUAUAAUACAAAAACAAAAUAAACCUAAUAACAGUACAUGAUUUGAAUUCUCCAGAUAAAAUAAAGUCUUAAUUAAAAAAAGAGAUUAUUGAUUGCAAAGGUGUUUAAGAUUAUUUAAUAAAAUAAAUAAAUGCUUUUGAAGUAUUUUAGUUAAAGUAAUUAUUUGAAGAAAAAAUAUAAAAAAUUGAUUUUGGUGAUUAAAAUUUAGAAUUGGAAUAAUUAUGUGAUUUGGAAUUAGUGAAUAAUGAAUAAUAACAAAAAGUUAAUUGGAAAUGUGAUCAACAUUUAGAAGACAUUAUGUUUAUAGAUUUGGGAUAUUAAUAAACAAUUCCUAAUAGAUUGGCAUGUAGAAAAUGUGUUCCAAAUUAUAAUAUAUAAUUUACUAAUGUAGAAGAUUUAUAAAUAUUAUGGCGAAAAUAUGAAUAAGAUACUGAAAAAUAGGUUUAGAUUUAUUUAAAUUUUUAAAAAAAAAUUAAUAAUUAAAUUAUGAAAAUAAUAAGAUAACUUAAGAUUGAAAUAAAUACCCAAAUUGAUGGAUUAAUUUAAUUAUAUCAAAAAUCACUUUAAUUUAAUAUAUAUGAUUCAUUAUACAAACCAUUUACAUUAUUAUAGAAGGAUUGGCAGACCAUUUCAAAGGAUGAAAUUAUAAUUAUAGCAGAUUAAAUAAGUCAAAAAAAUAGAGAUUAAAUUAUUAAAUUAAAUGUAAGAAAUGAAUUCAAACAUAAAGAACAAUUUUAAAAAAAUACAAUAGUUACUAAUUUAUAAAAAAUUUUAAAUCUAAUUAAUGCAUCACUUUCUGAAAUAUAGAAUACAAAUCCUAAAGAAAAUAUUCUUGAUCUCUAAAACAAAAAUAUCUAUUAAAUUAGAAGGCCAAAAAAUAAUUCAUUUCUUGGUCCUGCAACAACUCGUAAUGAAAAGGUACUAACAGAAAAUUCCCCAACAAUUAAAAGAGAAUUUAAUUUUGAAUCUAAUCGAGAUUCUUUUGAACUUGAAUUUAUUAAUCAAGAUUCUCCCUUAAAAAAAACCAUUUCUAAAAUGAAAUCCAGUUUUAGAUAAAAUUGGGUCAAAAGAUUAUAAAAAUCAUUAUAAUAUUAGAUAAUAAAUCAAAUAGAUGAAAAUUUAUCAACUCUAUCAGUAGCAAUUAAUUCUUAAUCUUCUAUUUUAGUUUUGGGAUAAUAUUGGGGAGAAAUAAAAGUUUUUUCUUUUAAUGAUGGAACAUUAAAAUUAAUUUAGGUUUUAUAAGAACAUACUUUAAAUGUUAAAUGUCUUUAUUUUAUGAAAGAAUCCUCAUCAUUUCUAUCUGGGAGCAAUGAUAAAUCCAUAAUUAUUUGGGAGGAAGAUUUAGAUAAUAAAUGGUAUAGUAAAUAGAAAUUGAUAGGUCAUCAAGGAUAAGUUUAAUGUCUCAUAAUGAAUCAUUAAGAAAAUCUAAUAAUAUCAGGCAGCUAAGAUAAAACAAUAAGGUUUUGGGUAAAAGAAAGUGAAUGGUAGUGCCAAUAGAUUUUAAGUGCACACGAAAAUAGUGUAAGAAGUAUUAGUUUAAAUAAAGUUGAAGAUCAAUUAAUAUCUUGUGCAGAGAAUGAAUUAAAGAUAUUGAUUAUCUAACUUUAAUAUGAUUCUAAAACUUGGGCUAUAGUAAAUGAAAUUAAUGUAGAUUACUGCGGUUCAGGUUUACUAUUCAUAAAUGAAAAUAUGUUUGCAUACUAACCUUCUAGUAUAGAUUAGCUUUAUCUCUUCAAAUAACAUAGGUCUUAGAAAAAUUAGUAUGUCUUUAAACAAUAAAUAAAAAUUGAAACUGGAGAUAUAUGUACUUCUUUAUUCCCUCUAAUGUUCAUAAAAUCAUAAUCUAUUUUAAUGACGAAAAAUGGUCGAUAUAUUAAUAUUAUUAGAAAAGAUAAGUAUGAUGAAUAUAUAGUAGAAUAAACAUUUGAAAAUGUUAGUAAUUGUUGCGGAAUUAAAGGAACCUUGACAUCAGAUGGGGAAUUCCUUAUUAUAUGGGAUGGAAAAUUUAAUAAGAUUACAGUAAGAAAGCUUAAAGAGUAUUGA